AUGGAGCGGCUGGGGGAGCGCGCCAGCCGGCUGCUGGAGAAGCUGAAGCUGUCCGACUCGGGCAGCGCCAAGCUGGGGCGGCGGAAAGGCGCUCCCCCCCGCUCCCCAAGCCGCCCCCGCCCCCGUGCCAGCCUGCUGCUGCUGCUGCUCGACGGGCCCGGGGGCACCGCGGGGGGCACCGCGGGGGGCACCGCGGGGGCCGGGGGCUGCAGCAACCGCACCAGCGGCAUCAGCCUGGGCUACGACCAGCGGCCUGCCAGCCCCGGGCCCCCCGUGCCCGGGCCCGUGCCCACCCUCGGCCGGCUCGGUGCCCAGGACAGCCGCCACUCCUACCCACCGGCCCUGGGCGGCCCCGCGGGGCUGGCCGGGCACGGGCACGGGCACGGAGCCGGGGGGCACGGGGGGCCCGGGGGGCCGAGGGGGGCCGCCCUGCCCGGACGCCACUCGGUCACCGGCUACGGCCACUGCCACCCCCGGGCCCCGGGCCCCGACGAGCUGGACGCCCUGCUGCUGCCCCUGAUGCCCCCGAUGCCCCCCAUGAUGCCCCCCGCCGGACCCACCCCCAAGGCCACCGACCCCCCCAAGGCCACCGACCCCGACGACGCCCCCCGGGCCCGGCCCAGGGACCACGAGCCCAAGGAGGACUACUUCGGCACCUGUAUCAAGUGCAACAAGGGCAUCUAUGGGCAGAGUAACGCCUGCCAGGCCCUGGAUAGCCUCUACCACACCCAGUGCUUCGUCUGCUGCUCCUGUGGACGGACCCUGCGCUGCAAAGCCUUCUACAGUGUCAACGGCUCCGUGUACUGUGAGGAAGAUUACCUGUUUUCAGGGUUCCAGGAAGCGGCCGAGAAAUGCUGCGUCUGUGGUCACCUGAUCCUGGAAAAGAUCCUGCAGGCCAUGGGCAAGUCGUAUCACCCCGGCUGCUUCCGCUGCAUCGUCUGCAACAAGUGCCUGGACGGCAUCCCCUUCACCGUGGACUUCUCCAACCAGGUGUACUGUGUCACGGACUACCAUAAAAAUUACGCCCCGAAAUGUGCUGCUUGUGGCCAGCCCAUCCUCCCCUCAGAGGGCUGUGAGGAGAUCGUGAGGGUGAUAUCCAUGGACCGGGAUUAUCACUUCGAAUGUUACCACUGUGAGGACUGCCGGAUGCAGCUGAGCGACGCGGAGGGCUGUUGCUGCUUCCCUCUGGACGGGCACCUGCUGUGCCACUCCUGCCACGUGCAGCGGGUCAGCUCCCACCAGCCUCCCGCCAACUAUGUCUGAACAGCCGUCCCCGCUGGACCCUUCCCCCGGGCGCUGGGGGAGGGCGAGCAGCCAGGAGGCCGGCGCCGGCCCACUCCAGUCUGAGGACCAACGGACCUUUUCUGGCCCCGGAGGGAUGGUUUGCAUCGCCGCGAUGGCUGAGGAUCUUGGAGCCAAGAGCCAGCGCUGCUGCUGGGUGGACAGCAGCAGUGGGAGGGACACACACACACACCCACCCCACACACAGAGCCACAUUGUGACUUGCAGAUGAGGUUUACAAAAUGCAAGCCCCAUUUGGCCUCAACACCUUAGAAAGUGGAGGCCCCGUGGCCCUAAUGUGGCGGACUCUGCCAGUCUCCAGUUUCUUUGCUUGGGCAUCACUCUGCCCGCACUCAUCCCAGAGCUGCUUUGUCCUGGCCAGGAAGGGCUACUACCGCCUGAACUUCAGGGCAGAGAGAGCCCUUGGGCCCCUCCCGAGAAAACCGUCUCCCCAGUCCACCUGGGUUUCCCUGCCUCCCAUCAUCAAUUGUAUUUAUUGAGCGC